CGCCGCGGCGCGGGCGGGCAGCUCUCGGAGGGGCCGAAGCGCAGCGGAGCCAUGCAGUACCCUCACCCCGGGCCGGCGGCGGCUGCGGGCGCCGUGGGGGUGCCGCUGUACGCGCCCACGCCUCUGCUGCAGCCCGCGCACCCGACGCCGUUCUACAUCGAGGACAUCCUGGGCCGCGGACCCGCUGCGCCCACCCCCACCCCCACGCUGCCGUCCCCCAACUCCUCCUUCACCAGCCUCGUGUCCUCCUACCGGACCCCGGUGUACGAGCCCACGCCGAUCCACCCCGCCUUCUCGCACCACUCUGCCGCUGCGCUGGCUGCCGCCUACGGACCUGGCGGCUUCGGGGGCCCUCUGUACCCCUUCCCGCGGACGGUGAACGACUAUACGCACGCCCUGCUCCGCCACGACCCCCUGGGCAAACCCCUGCUCUGGAGCCCUUUCUUGCAAAGGCCGCUGCAUAAAAGGAAAGGCGGCCAGGUGAGAUUCUCCAACGACCAGACCAUCGAACUGGAGAAGAAAUUCGAGACCCAGAAAUACCUCUCUCCGCCGGAGAGGAAGCGUCUGGCCAAGAUGCUACAGCUGAGCGAGAGGCAGGUCAAAACCUGGUUUCAGAAUCGACGGGCUAAAUGGAGAAGACUAAAACAGGAAAAUCCUCAGAGCAAUAAAAAAGAACUGGAAAGUCUGGACAAUCCGUGUGACCAGAGGCAAGACUUGCCCAGUGAACAGAACAAAGGUGCUUCUUUGGAUAGCUCUCAGCAUUCGCCUUCCCCUGCCUCCCAGGAAGACCUUGAAUCCGAAAUUUCAGAAGAUUCUGAUCAGGAAGUGGACAUUGAAGGCGAUAAAGGCUAUUUUAAUGCUGGAUGAUGACCACUGGUACUAGCAUGUUCAGAAAACUGGACUUGGGAAUAACAUUUUGCUACAGAAAAUCUUCAUGGAAGAACUGACAACCUGUAUGAGAAAGGGAAUUGAUUUUAUAGUAUUCUGGAAACCUAAAAUAUUUGGUGCACUGGCUAAUUAACAAACUCACUUCAAAAUCAAUUUUUUUUACUUAAGAAAUGGUUUAUGUGCUGAUUUUAGGUUGUUAUGAUAAAGUGACUUCUCACUGAUUAAACCCAUCCCUGUUUUUCAAAGUAAACCAUUAUUUCUAUUUAUAAAAA